GAGUUUUGGAGUAAAGGACGGACUGAAGCCUCUUGUGUUUAACAGCUGAUUGGCUGAAGCCACCGUCCCUCUUUCUGAACUUCAGCGCACAGGAAUCUGAGAGAACCCAAGACUUGUCAAAAUGAACUUGUCAUAUUUGGUAGCGUGUGGACUUAUGGUCACCCUGCUUUCAGUACGGAUGGGGGCAAAACCUUUAUCUCAGGCACAGCAGAAGUCUCUCAGAAGUUUACUGGGCGAGGAGCUGGCGGAGUUUCUGGAGUCGGAGGAGAGGGAGAGGCGGCUAGACGCUGUGCGCUCUCGGAUACGGUUACUGCGAGAUUUACGCAUGGACACCAGGGCCAGAGGGAUGUGGGCUCGUCUCCUUAACGAUCAACCCGCAACCAGGAAACACAAGUCGGGAAGCAAGAAAGGCGGCUCCACGUCGCGGAGUGGCUGCUUCGGACACAAGAUGGACAGGAUAGGGACCAUCAGUGGCAUGGGGUGCUAGGACUGGAGCAGUGCUGGGACGAUGUCUGGACGAUGGGUUUGGACAACUAAAGUUGAGUUUGUUCUCACCUGAGGAAAAAAAAAGGAAAAACCUCAUCAAGUGAUAGAUUUUCGGUACGAAAGUCACCACGACCAGCAUAAACCAAGACUGGGAUGGCAAUGCUACAAAAUCCUCAUAUAAAUAUAUAUUAUAAAUAUGCAAAUAUAUAUGCAUACCAGAGUAAUUUGUCAACAGAUACAAACCCAGAUGCAUACACAACAUGGCGGACGAUGGUGUAAAAACUACAAACCGCAAAGCUGUAUAUUGUUGCUGCUGCUGCUGCCGCUGCUGCUGCUGCUGCUGUACAUUCAUGUACUUCAUCUUCCCCAGCAUAAAUGUAUUUAUGUUUAAAAACUAUUUAUAUGUUUAUAAAAAAAAGAGAUAUUUAUAAAUAUGAGUUCUAUUUAUGUAACAUUUUGAAAAUGGAUGCAAACUGCAGGUCAAUUGUGUUUGUUAUCUUUUUCUUUUUGUCUCAAAUAGUUGUAAAUGUUUUCAACAAUGAUAAAAAGAACAUUCCAUGUGCACUUACCUGUUUUCUCCGAGAGUGUUUCAUUGAAGCC